CACCUAGCAGAGUCCCUUGAACCAGUUCUUUGUUGCCUUCCAUCCCGCAAAUACAGGUUGCUGCAACAUAUAUUAUUUGAAAUAUACAUCCACAAAGUGCCGCUGGCUGUCAAAGCACCGGUUCUGCCUCCUUUCUGCUCAACUGCCAGCUUGCUAAUUGAUGUUUCUGCAAGCUGUUCGAAGAACUGCUCCAGCAACAUGGUAGACCACGCUCCUGAGGAAACGUGGAUUGUCAAUAUAAGAAAUCGACUAGAUGGACAGUUCGCCGAUCUAACUAAAGUACAGCCCGCAUUAGCGGCUCUAGACACCAGCAAAGACAAGCCAUCGAUAUACCGGACUGGUAGCUAUCCUGAAAGGUUUCCUAUCGGUAUCCUCCUCCUCAAGGGCGUGGGCGGUUGGCUUGAAGAGGAACACAUGUGGAAAUAUGCUGCGUUUAUGACCAGAUGGCUUGGUCUCGACGUGACUUUGUUCCUUGGUCUCAUGAAGGAGAGGGAAGAUCUAGUCAAGAGCUACUAUCACUACUUUGUUUUUAAAGAAAGCAUUGCUCUCCUAGAAUCGUUGCUGUGGGCCGGUUGCUUUUUAGCUUUUGCGAUUCUCUUGUUGCAAAAGGUCCAGAAUGGUACCGAAAUUUUACGAGGAUCCAGAGGUAACAACAGUGAUCCGGCAGAUCAGAGGUCCCUGCAAUUUUCAAUUCUAUACCAAAGAAUAAUGGAAGAUCAGAUAAAGACCAAAAUCGACAUGUUGCGCAUCAGCAACCAGAUUCCGUGGUUUGUUGUCGAGGCUGUAUUUACAAGUUCAAGCUUUAAGCAAGGAGCUGUCUGGCACCUGCAUCGACAGACUAGCAAUGUCGUGUUUUGAUGAUCUCUACCCUAGAGUGAACAAAUCCAAGGUUAAGUUCGGCAAACUCCCAUCCGGCGGCUUCAAACAUCUACUGCACAUCUUCCAUUGGACCCGGACACCCGAAGAAGGCAAGUGGAUGGUGCAUACAAAAUCCGAACAAGAGCAGCCUGCGAAACGGUUUGUCGAGUUUUAUAUUCCUAAUGCAACAAACUUGCUUGAAUCCUCAACUAGUUUUAAACGGCUCGACAGUAGCUCUGAUGUGGUAUACUCUAACAAGAGAAUAUCAGCACUGAUGCAAGUAGCACCCCUGCACUUGUUCCCAUACAGCGAAGAAAUAUUCCGCCAGCUUCUCAACUUUGAACAGCGGUAUCCGGUGUACGGGCUUCCCGUGACAGCCCAUUUCGCAUGUAUGAAAAGCCUAUUACAGACCAAAGCAGAUGUUAAACUACUGCAGAAGAAGGGCAUCGUGUUCUGCUCGGUGAAUAACGGGGAAGAGGAUGUUCUGAGGUUUCUACACAACGUAGGGAGUUUCUUGGUGGAUGAAGUAAAAGCCUGCAUACCUGAUGACCUCAACAGCCUAUCGGAAAAGGUGAUUGAGCAUCAUGAAAGAGAUGUCAGUAUAGCGUACUCGGAGUUCAAGAGCCAGUUCUGCCCCAACCGAUGGGUGAUCAUAUCGGUCAUCGCCGCAAUCACUUUGUUCGUGCUGACAUUUAUUCAGACAGUAUACAGUGCACUUGGCUAUUACAAAGGUACUUGAUCGUGUUGCUAGACACGACCGCUACUCUUUGGUUGAUCCCGGCAGCACAGCUUGUCUUUUCGGUUACUUUUUUAUAUAUAUAUUGUUCAUCAUGAAUUGCUUGUGUGAGAUUUUUCUUUAAUCUGAAUUGUUAUCCUGGUGUUCUCUA